ACUUCCUGGUUGGCGGCGGGAAGAUGGCGGUGGCGGGUGGUGGGGAUGGUGGUUUGCGCUCCCCUGAGCCCUGGCCAGACCUGCUGGCGCGCCUCACCUGCCCUGUGUGCCUUGAGGUGUUCGACAGUCCCGUCCGGGUGCCCUGCGGACACGUGUUCUGCACGCCGUGUCUGCAGGAGUGCCUGAAGCCGAAGAAGCCUGUGUGUGGUGUGUGCCGCGGCGCGCUGGCAGCCGGCAGCAGGGCGCUGGACCUGGAGCAGCUGAUAGAGAGCACCGAGACUGCCUGCAGCGGCUGCGGCAAGAAGAUGUUCCUCUCAAAGAUGCGCAGCCAUGCAGCCUCCUGUUCAAAGUACCAGAAUUACAUAAUGGAAGGUGUGAAAGCUGUAACUAAAGAACCACUUCACAACACCAGGAACUUCCCAAAUCGCUUUACCUUUCCUUGUCCGUACUGCAGUGAGAAAAACUUUGAUCAAGAAGGACUAGUUGAACACUGCAAAACAUUGCACAGCAUGGAUGCAAGACAAGUGGUUUGCCCAAUUUGUGCCUCAAUGCCAUGGGGAGAUCCAAAUUACAGGAGUGCUAACUUCAUGGAGCACCUUCAAAGACGACACCGGUUUUCAUAUGAUACUUUUGUGGAUUAUGAUGCUGAUGAAGAUGAUAUGAUGGCACAGGUUUUGAUGCGUUCUUUGCGGGAUAAAUAAAAUUUUAAAAUGUGAAAGACUAACUGUCAAACCAAGCUUCCAUGGGGGGGGGAAGCGCCCAGCAUCCUUGCACUUCACCCUGUACAUCCCAAGAUGAGCUCAGGCAUCCAGAAAUAUGGAAGACUUUUUAAUCUGUCUUGGUUUCAAAUUCCUGUUUGAUAUGUUUGUAUCAUUGGGUCUUCUGUUAACCACGUAAGUUUAAUUUUCUUAUUUGCUUCACACAAAGCUCAAUUAGAAGUCUCCUCCAUGCUGACUUACUUCCCUUCACCUAUGCCUGUUUUCUGAUGAGUUAUUUUUUCCAGUUGUGUUCAUUUGACUCUAAAUGCAGAAAUAUUCCAGACUGAAUGGUCCAAACUAGUUGGACCUCCUAAUGUUGUUUACAUUUCUUAAGUGAUAGUAUAAGAGGUGUAUUGGUAUGUAUUUUUCUUAAGUGAGACCUCUAGGUGCUAGUUGUAACUGUCAGAUCAGUUCUUAUUCAAAGUGGCCUCUGCCUGUGAUUUCAUGUUUAGCAGUAUUUGAACUCUUACAGGCGUUCUCUCAGUUACAUGGAAAACAAGUUUUUAGUAUGAGUCUUCAAACUACAGUUUUUCUUAGUAGAUGUUUGCAGCUAGGUAAGAAACUAGUUCAAAGUAUUUUAGUUCUACGCCUGAUUAUUAUUUUGUUCCACACUUUGACCAUAAUUUCAAGCCUAGAAAAUAGAUCUUUUGUGUUAGUUCAAUUGCUAAAGCAAAUAUCAAUCAUAUCUGCUGACUUUGUGAUUCAAUUAGUGUUUUCAGAAAUUGGUUUUCUAGGCUUCUUAAGCAUUAUGCUCAUAAGAGAGUUCAGAAAAAAAAUCAGUAUCUCCACCUUCUAUGAAAAUUUUUGUUUAAAUGUAUUUAUUUUUAAUUGUUCCAUCUCUCACGGCAAACUGGAAGCAAAUCUUAGAUUCCAUGGCACUUGCACAGCUCUACCUUUCCGCAUCACAGAUUUUAAGAAGUAUUUUGAAUUUACGUUCUUCAUUUAAAUGUUGCUAAAGCUAUGCUUAGAUUGUGUUUUCCAUGUAUUAUAUAUAUAUAGUAUGCAGGUAUAGCUUUCAAAGAAAAAGUAAAAUAUAAACAAGAAAGCAGGAUGACUGUUCCCUUACAUGGAAAACGGAUACUUGAUAUUCAAUUAUACACUUUCACUAUAGAGCUUCCUUUUAACACUUCACAAUCAUGAUGCUGAGAUCUAGCCAUCUGAGACACCUGAGCAGAAGCUGUAAACCAGAGUAGUGUAAUUCAACUUGGCAUACUUAAUUGGAGCAGUGGACCUGUACCACCACAGAAUAGAGUACUAGUUAGUUUCUUUCACAAAUACCCUGCAAAUACCUUUCACUUCAUACCCUGCAGACACAGCAUAGCCUUACCCUUAUUAAAUGUACCCCAGCUAAAAUCUCAACUAAACUUUGUGUUCAGCAAGACCUCUAACCUAUUUAGCUUGUUUUUAGUAUGUUUUCCCAAACUUGGAAUAGGCUACUUAUAGACUCAGCCUUAAGUAUCUGCUUGGUGAACAGAGUUUCAGUCUUAGCAAAAAUACUCAUGGCACUGUGGGAAAAAGUACUUUGUUUUGGAGUUGGUUAUUUCUAACACUUGAUCUGUGAAAAGAUGACUAUGUUGGUGGUUGAGUGGAGAUUUCUAGGUUCUGGCUAGGAUGGAGUUUUGUGGUGCAAAUUGACCUAAAUCUAGAUUUCUGCUGCUAUUUGAAGUGCACUUCCAUGCAAUUUAGAUUAAAUGUUUAAGGAGCAGUUAGAAGCUUCUGAGCAAUUACUUUGUGUUUUUUGAAUUUUGAAGACAAGUUAUAAAUAAAGUUCAUUUAAUUUAUAAAAUUCUA